GCUGGCUACCUUCAAAGUGUCGUACUCUCCUGAGCAGCUGCGAAUGCUCAGGCACACCGCCCUGAGCAGCUGCUGGAAGUGUUCACUCCUACAGCCCUCAGCUGCUUCAAGUACCACCUCAAGACCGAAUUGUGUCUUGGAGAAUAGGUUGUAAUUCCUGUGUAUUUUGAGUGUUCCUUCUUCGUGGGAAGAAGGCAGUUGAAGCUUCAGGGGAUUGAACGAGUGUGAGGGAGAGAGAGAGGGUGGGAAGCUGCCUCAUUUGAGUCAAUGGUGUCUGUGAUGGUCCUCAAACUGUGCAAUGACGGACUACACCGACGGUGAGGAAGUUUGGACAACAGUCUACGGACCCGUGGACCCCAACAAGCUCGAGGGAGAGGAGACGUCUGCAGGCCAGGAGGACAGCAAGAAGGACUCCGCCAAGGAGAAGAGGAGCAAAGGUAGUCGGAUGGGAGGUGGCUCACCCUUCGCCAUGGACAACCGCGACCCUAACAACCUCAACCCUCACAUUCAGAUCCAGUGGGACGACAUCAUCGGUGAGGCUGAGGGGCUGAGGUCACCUGACUGCUGCUGGAGGUGCACCAGCCGGUGCUAUGAACGCACUCAGGAGAUCUGCUACGUUCUUCUGGUCGUCCUCUUCUCUCCUUUUAUCGCCUUCUGCAACGGCUGUAAUUUCGCCUGUCUGGCCUUCAACCAAGUAUGGUGUGUUGGUCCAUGUUUCCGGAGCUGGAAGAUCAACUGUGCCACCAUCAAGAAGUUCUGGGAGGCAUGCCUGAUCGCUGUGUGUGGGCCCAUAGUGGAGAUCUGCGGGCUGGUCUUCUCAAAGGCGUAUGUGCGAUACCAGCGGGUCCCGGAUGGCAUCCCUCCAACCAACAGCACCUACUUCAACGUGUGAAAUGUGUGAACUCAGAGAACUGCUGCUGGGAGGGCCACGGUGGUGCAACGUUGCUCGGGUAAUGUUAAAUCAGUGUUGAUUCAACGUCCCAGUAGGUACUAUAUUCAAGAGCAACGCCGAAUCAACGUCAAUCAACGUUGAACUAACGUUAAUAACGUUGAGUCAAUUGUGAACCAACGCCACUUUUAAAUAUUGUGCGCUUACUGGGGGUAGGAUCAAUGCUAAUUCAACUUUAUACCAACAUCGUUUACUCAGAUUUUCCCCCCAUAUGGAGCUAGGCUUCAGCCAAACACUGGUCGGGUUUUGAGCCACCUGUAGAUGAUUCUUCACAGUUCUGUAGUGAAACUAACGACGGUCAUGAGGCAAAGAUAGAACUGAACUACGAAACAAUUGGACUAAAAAUAAAAACACUGAUUACUGCAAGUUUGAAAUAUUUGAUGAAUGGUGAGGAAUGAGUGUGAUAAGACUCUUAGCGAGUGAGUACGGGGUAGAAACAAUCCCCAUUAGUAAGGAGAUUGCUGCAAUUUUUGUGAAAUCAUCGGCUUGAUGCCCGAAGAAGAAGACAGUAACAUGUUGUGUGUGACAUGGCGAGCUCUUGCCAGCCGUGGAAGAGACGACCAAGCAGCCGUUAUGUUUCUCUCUAAUUUACAAGGGAAAGUUUUAUUUUUGUCAAAGUUUCCACUGUAAGGCUGAUAACAUCUCACAUGGUCACAACUGGAGCAUUUAUAAUUGAAAGGGCUAAAUUCAUGCUCCCAAAUUCAUGUUAAGAAAGUUUUGAGAACAGCACUGGGUAAGCAUAAUGCAAGUUGUCGUAAGCACUGUAUAUAGAACAGCAACUUCAAAGUGUUACGUUUCUACUUUGAUACCUGUUUAGUUAUAUUAUGUUUCCAAUAGAUUUCUGCAGACCCAAGACUAUCAAGGAGGUUAAAAUUAUGUUUACCUAGGUUCUGAUAUAUAAAAGAAGAUAUAGUAUUCACACGGCAGAUAUCAGAGAAUACAGUAAUAGUUUGAAUCAGAUUAUAGAUAUGUUGCAGCAUAUACUAAACAGCAUUCUAGCUAAAAAUAUUAGAUAAACUUAAAAAAUAGUGAACUGAUCAUAAUAUAAACUAAAAUAAACAUUAACCAAGAAAAAUAUUGCAUGUGAACACACUAGUACUGAAGAACUUUUUAUAUGCCUUCUCUAGUUGCUGUAAUAGAUUAUGUCAAUUAUUGCAGAAUAUUUGUUAUAAAAAGGUCUUAAUAAAGAUUAAUUAAAAAUUCAUCAAUAAAACAAAAAACAAUUACUGUAACCUACCUAGAAAAUAUAUCUUAAACAAUACUUAAAAUACGUGUGAGUAAUGACUACGAUUCACUAUAGUACCACAAUUUGUUAUAAGAGAAUAUAUUUAGUAAUUCCAUUGAUGGUUCAGUUUUUCAUCUAAUAAAUAUAUUGUACAGUACAUAAAGAUUAAGAUAAACAAA